AUGUGGGAGCAACGGAACUCCGUUCAACAUUCGGAUGAUAACGUUCAAUUACGUGAACGUCACAGUACUGUCAAUGAGGGGAUUCACUCACAGUUUGAUAUGGGUCCCGAUGACUUGCCUAAGGAAAUUCAACCGAUGCUAACAUGCCGUCGACGAGUCCUUCGCAAGUCAUUGGUAGACAAGGAAGAGUGGCUUAAGUUGCUUCGUCAGGAACGCAGAGAUUUCCGUCGCUCCAUGAAAGCACAACGCCGCAGUCUGCGGACUAUUUUCUCCCCUGGACCCUAA